CGCGUGACGUGUGUGCGUUCGGCGCGCGCGGCGGCCCGUCCUGUGGAGCCUGCCGGCCGGAGCGGCGGCGCAGGAUGGCGGGCGCGGGGCUGGUGGCGCAGGGCCUGAAGGAGGCGCUGGUGGAGACGCUGACCGGCAUCCUGUGCCCGGUGCAGGGCGUGCGCGCGGCCGCCGAGGAGCAGGUGAAGGUGCUGGAGGUGACCGAGGAAUUUGGCGUUCAUUUAGCAGAACUGACUGUAGAUCCCCAGGGAGUACUGGCCAUUCGUCAGUUAGCAUCUGUAAUUUUGAAACAAUAUGUGGAGACUCACUGGUGUUCCCAGUCAGACAAGUUUAGGCAUCCAGAGACCACAGAAAGGGCAAAAGUUGCCAUAAGGGAGCUGUUACCCAAUGGCCUGAGAGAAUCUAUUAGUAAAGUGCGCUCAAGUGUUGCCUAUGCAGUUUCAGCCAUAGCCCACUGGGACUGGCCUGAGGCUUGGCCCCAGCUUUUCAAUUUGUUGAUGGAGAUGCUGGUCAGUGGUGAUCUGAAUGCAGUGCAUGGAGCCAUGAGAGUACUUACAGAGUUUACCCGGGAAGUGACAGACACACAGAUGCCACUCGUCGCUCCUGUUAUUCUUCCUGAGAUGUACAAAAUUUUCACAAUGGCGGAGGUAUAUGGUAUUCGCACCAGAUCACGUGCAGUAGAGAUCUUCACCACAUGUGCCCAUAUGAUCUGUAACAUGGAGGAGCUGGAGAAGGGUGCAGCCAAAGUCCUGAUCUUUCCUGUAGUGCAGCAGUUCACAGAGGCCUUUGUUCAGGCCCUACAGAUGCCUGAUGGGCCUACAUCGGACAGUGGAUUUAAAAUGGAGGUCUUAAAGGCUGUGACAGCCCUAGUGAAGAACUAUCCUAAACACAUGGUUUCCUCCAUGCAGCAGAUCCUGCCGAUUGUUUGGAAUACACUUACAGAAAGUGCAGCCUUCUAUGUGAGAACAGAAGUGAAUUAUACAGAAGAGGUAGAGGACCCUGUGGAUUCUGAUGGUGAAGUAUUGGGCUUUGAAAACCUAGUAUUCAGCAUAUUUGAGUUUGUACAUGCCUUGUUGGAAAAUCACAAAUUUAAAAGCACAGUGAAGAAAGCUUUGCCAGAGCUGAUAUAUUACAUCAUUCUCUACAUGCAGAUCACAGAGGAGCAGAUAAAAGUCUGGACUGCAAAUCCACAGCAAUUUGUGGAGGAUGAAGAUGAUGACACUUUCUCCUAUACAGUAAGGAUUGCUGCGCAGGACUUGUUGCUGGCUGUAGCUGCUGAUUUCCAGAAUGAGAGUGCAACUGCUUUGGCUGCAGCAGCUACGAGACACUUGCAGGAAGCUGAGCAGGCUAAAAACAGUGGUGCUGAGCACUGGUGGAAGAUACAUGAAGCCUGUAUGCUGGCACUGGGCUCCGUGAAAUCUGUUAUCACAGACAGUGUGAAGAAUGGUAGAAUCCAUUUCGAUAUGCAUGGAUUCCUGACAAAUGUUGUUCUUGCAGAUCUCAAUCUGUCAGUGUCUCCUUUUCUGCUUGGUCGUGCUCUUUGGGCUGCCAGUCGCUUCACAGUUGCUAUGUCUCCAGAAUUAAUCCAGCAAUUUCUGCAGGCCACAGUCAGUGGUCUACAUGAGACCCAACCUCCUUCAGUCCGGAUCUCUGCAGUCAGAGCUAUCUGGGGUUACUGUGACCAGCUGAAGAUCUCUGAAAGCACCCAUGUAUUGCAGCCUUUCCUUCCCAGUAUCCUGGAUGGACUGAUCCACUUGGCAGCUCAGUUCAGUUCAGAGGUCCUCAAUCUUGUGAUGGAAACACUUUGCAUUGUCUGUACAGUAGACCCAGCAUUUACAGCAAAUGUGGAGAACAAAAUUUGCCCCUUCACCAUAGCAAUCUUCCUCAAGUACAGUAAUGAUCCUGUUGUUGCCUCUCUCGCCCAAGAUAUCUUUAAGGAGCUAGCACAGAUAGAAGCCUGCCAGGGUCCAAUGCAGAUGAGACUAAUCCCAACUCUCGUCAGCAUCAUGCAGGCUCCUGCUGAUAAGAUUCCAGCAGGGCUUUGUGCAACUUCUAUUGAUAUAUUAACCACUGUUGUGAGGAAUACGAAACCUCCUCUUUCCCAGCUCUUGAUCUGCCAAGCAUUCCCUGCGGUGGCUCAGUGCAGCCUGCACACGGAUGACAAUGCUACCAUGCAGAAUGGUGGUGAGUGUCUGCGUGCAUACGUCUCAGUAGCACUAGAACAGAUUGCACAAUGGCAUGAUGAGCAAGGCCACAAUGGGCUGUGGUAUGUCAUGCAGGUGGUGAGCCAACUCCUGGAUCCACGGACCUCAGAGUUCACAGCUGCCUUUGUGGGCAGACUAGUCUCCACACUGAUUUCCAAGGCAGGAAGUGAGCUGGGAGAAAACCUGGACCAGAUUCUGAGAGCAAUCCUUAGCAAAAUGCAACAAGCAGAGACACUCAGUGUAAUGCAGUCCUUGAUCAUGGUAUUUGCUCACCUGGUUCACUCCCAGCUGGAGCCCUUGUUAGAGUUCCUGAGUAGUCUCCCUGGGCCAACUGGCAAGCCUGCUUUGGAAUUUGUAAUGGCUGAAUGGAUGAGUCGGCAGCAUUUGUUCUAUGGACAAUAUGAAGGCAAAGUCAGCUCUGUAGCAUUGUGUAAACUUCUCCAGUAUGGUAUCAACAGUGAUGACAAGCGCCUGCAGGACAUUAGGGUGAAGGGUGAAGAAAUAUUCAAUAUGGAUGAGGGAAUACGCACACGAUCCAAAUCAGCCAAAAAUCCUGAACGCUGGACAAACAUUCCGUUGUUAGUAAAAAUCUUAAAAUUAAUAAUAAAUGAACUUUCUAAUGCAAUGGAAGCAAAUGCAUCACGCCAGACAGCUGCAGACUGGAAUCAAGUGAUCACAGGAUCUUCUCCUUCCCAGAGGCUAGUGAAGCUUAGAAAGAAAAAAAAACGCACUCGAGAUGAAAUGUUCUCCGAGCUCAUGCUGUCCUCCCACACUGACAGAGCACAGACGAAUGCGUGGAGGCAAAUAAUGUCAGAGUGCAGGAAAGCACAAAAUGACCGGGAGGAGAGGUGGCGGGCUGAAGAGAAUGACUCCAAUGAUAUGUGGGAAGAUCGGGAAGAUGAAGAGGAUGAAGAUGAAGGUUUAGCUGGACAACUUUUAUCAGAUAUUCUUGCCACAAACAAAUAUGAUGAGGAUUACUAUGAUGAUGAUGAAGAGGAUGAUCCAGAUGCAUUAAAGGACCCUCUUUAUCAAAUAGACCUACAGGCCUAUCUCACUGAUUUCCUGUGUCAGUUUGCACAGCAGCCUUGCUAUGCAAUGUUCUCAGACCAUCUCAAUGAGAACGAGAGAAGAGUGCUUGAGGCCAUUGGCAUAUGAACCGUGCAGAGACCAUAUUGAUCAUAUCUGGACAAUAUUUUUCUGGCUUAUUCCAUGUUUUGUGAUUAAACAUGAAACUUUUUCCAGUGUUCACCUGUUGUUACAGAUGUGAUCUUCCUCAUCACGAAGUAUUGAGCCUUGUCUUAUCAUGACUCUGUUAAGGGAAGGAUGAUUGGGAAAGCUCCAAAGACUGAGCUUUGCACUCUGCUCUCACCAAGGGAACACUUUCGUUUACCACAAAAAAACUUUCCAGGAGGUCCUUAAAAUAAUGUGUCCUUAAAUAUUUUUAAAAAUAAACUUUAUAUUUGCCUCUGAAGAGACACGUAACUGAGUUUCACCCAAUACAGUUGGACAGAACGAGGAAGGAAUCAGGUAUUUUGUAGGUUGCUUGGAUGUGUUUUGAGACUUUGGAAGUUUUGUCCCUCUUCGCACUUGCAUAACACAUACAGGGUAAAUAUCUUCAUCUUACCAUGUGACUUUUUUAUAGAACUAUAGAUACUUUUAUCAAAGAGAUGCCUAAAUGGUAUGGAAUCUGUUUACAAGAAUUUGGAUGGGAAGCUGAAAUAAUAAAAUUAAAUGAACAUCUUGUUUCGUACUGUGGGAGGGGGCUUCUAUGUAGUCUCUCUAACAUUGCAUCAGUUCUUUGCUAAAGCUUUUGCAUGCACAUGCUCAAAGGAAGCUACCACUUAAAUCUCAAUUCUUGUGGAAUGUGGCUAUUGAAGACUGGUUUUACUGAACACAAACAACCAUACACUUUUUUUUGUAAAAAGUUAUUUAACUUCCUCUUUACUCCAUAAAAACAGUUCUCUGAAAUACUUUGCUUCCUUCACACUCCUGAGACUUAUAUGAAGUGGGUAAGCUAUAGUCCACAAAUUAGUAUGUGUAUUUUUAUAGGGUGGUAAAAUAAAAUAUCCAUAAGUACAGAGUGAUGUAUCUCACAACACCUCUUUGCCUUUUGUUCCCUUUUGGGGGAAAAUGAAAAUAAAACUAUUAAAAUAUA